AUGGAUUCUGAUGAUGAGAUACCACAGCUUUCAGCAGGCGCGCUGAAUGCGCUUAAAGAAUUUUACGGUGAUCGCGAUACGAAGCAGAAAGAGUUUGAGGAUUUGAAAGCGCAGGCCGAGAGUGAUUUUGAUGGGGAAAAAAAGCUUUCUAUGGACGCUUUUACUGAGGAUUGGAAUGCUAGCCAGUUCUGGUACAACGACGAGACGGCUACAUUGCUUGCGGAACAGCUGUUAGACGGUGCUACGGAUGAUUCGUCUAUUGUUGUGGUAUCGGCGCCGAGUGUUUUUAUCCAGCUUAAGAAUCUUUUGGCAUCCCGCAAGUAUAAAUGUCGGCCGCAGAUGACGCUACUGGAGUUCGACGAACGGUUCGCGGUCUUCAAAGAGUUCGCGAUGUACGAUUUCGAGCAUCCGAUGCGACUGCCACCUGAGCUCAAGGGGAAAUUCGAUCGAAUCAUCUGUGAUCCUCCUUUCCUUAGUGAGGAUUGCCAGACCAAAGCCGCUCUGACUGUACGGUGGCUAGCGAAGUCCUGGACCACUGCGUCUGCUGGAAGUAAUCCAUUUCGCUUGAUCGUGUGUACCGGCGAACGUAUGGAGAACCUGAUAGGGAAACUGUAUUCCAAAACCGGAAUCCAGACUACUUCCUUCGAGGUAAAGCAUGCGAAAGGACUCAGCAAUGAGUUCAGAUGCUAUUCCAACUUCGAAUGCUCAGCCUGGGAAUGGGCUACGAAACCUUGA